GCCGGGUCACUUCACCUGCAGCGUCUCUCUCGGCCUCGCGGCGGUGGAGGCAGCGGCUCCGGCUCCGCGUCCGGCUCCAGCGUGCGCCAUGUCCCGCAGGAAGCUGGGCAGCGUGCCCCGCCGGGGGCCCCGGGCCGACGAGGACGAGCCGAUGGCCCUCGACGAGCCCGAUGGCCCUAGCGGCCCCGCCGCCUCGCCGGCCUCCUCCUCGUCCUCUUCGUCCUCCUCGUCCGCGCCUCCCCUGCCCCUGCCCCGGUCCCGGCCCUGGCCGGAGGGCCCCGACGGCGGCCCGGCGCCGGCGUGCGCCACGUCCAGGAGGAAGCUGGGCAGCGCGCCCCGCCGGGGGCCCGGGGACGGGGUGGACGACCACGUCCAGCCCAAGACGCUCGAUGGCCGGGGCGGCCCCGCCGCCUCGCCGGCCUCCUCCCCCACCCUGUCGUCGUCGUCGUCGUCGUCCUCCGUGCCGCCCCUGCCCGUCCCGGAUUCCCCCGACGCGGGCAGCGCCGGCGAGUGGCCCCCGGGCCGGCAGGGCCCCGGAUGCGCGCGGGGCCCCUCGCGGCCGGCCGGCGGCCCCGGACGCCUCCUCCCCGAAGUCCUCCGGAGCUGCCCCGACCUGCUGACGUGCGGCCGCUGCCUGCUCACCUUCCCGCUGGGCCAGAUCGUGGCCUUCAUCGAACACAAGAGGGGCCGCUGCCAGAGGCCCACCUGGGGCCAGCGCCCCGACCCCGACAGGGACGCUGGGUCCCCAGAGCCCUCAGCCUUCUCCUGCAGCAGCUGUGGCAGCUGGUUCAUGGGUGCCUGGGCCCUGCUCCGCCAUGCCCAGGAGAGCCACGGCCUGGCCAUCUACCAGAGCCGGCCGAGCCCGGCGGAAGACAGAGACGUGCCAGCGGCGGCGGCCUCCAUCCGGACCCGGAGUCAUUCCUGCGACUUCUGCGGCAAAGGCUUCCGCUCCCACAGCAACCUGACGGUGCACCGGCGCACCCACACCGGGGAGCGGCCCUACCGCUGCCCCCACUGUCCCUACGCCUGCGCUCAGAGCAGCAAGCUGACCCGCCACCUGCGCACUCACCAGCGGGCAGGCCCGGGCUCUGCCCCGGCCCCUCCGGAGCCCGCCGACUAUGCGGCCGCCCCCUCGGGCCUGGUCCCACCCCCGGGGCCCAGCGGCAGCGGCAGCGGCGAGGAAGGGGGCGGCAGGGAACCUGGCUCUCCGGGGGCUCCACCUGCGGGCCCCGGGGAGGAUGCAGGUGGCGGGGGCCGAGGGGGCACGGGCCGGCGGCGAGGAGACACGUGUGAAUUCUGUGGCAAAGUCUUUAGAAACAGCAGCAACCUGACGGUCCAUCGGCGCUCCCACACCGGGGAGCGGCCCUACCGCUGCUCCCUCUGCCCCUACGCCUGUGCCCAGAGCAGCAAGCUGACCCGCCACCUGCGCACCCACGGCCCUGCACCCGGCCCACCCCCUUUCCAGUGCCCCCACUGUUUGGUGCCCUUUGGCCUCCGAGCAACCCUGGACAAACACCUCAAGCGCCAUCACGGAGAGCUGGGGAACGGGCCUGGGCACGAGGCUGACCACCAACCUCCACCCCAUCCCUGA